GAGAACCUGGAAGUAGUGUUCAGACAGAUACACUGAUCAUCUGUCUGCAGCUCAUCUUCUGCAACAAUGCGAGCCCCACAGGUGUCGAGCUCUCCAUGGAUCCAGGCGGUGUUGACCAGCUCAUCCUUGGGUCUAGAGGGCUUCAAAGCUCACUCCGUCUUCCAGGAGAUCAGUAGAAAGCUGCAUGAUGACGGAGACCAGUUUGUAAAGAAGACCGGAGGUGUGUUCGCCUUCGAGGUGAAGGAUGGGCCGGGAGGAAAGGAGGCCGUGUGGAUCGUUGAUGUUAAGAACGGAAAAGGCUCCGUAUACAAUGAUGCUGGCGUUCUUUCAGGGCAAACUGAAGAUCACUGGAAACAUGGGCAUGGCCAUGAAGCUUCAAAAGCUGCAGCCGGGCAAAGCCAAGCUGUGAGAGGCGGAGCCUCAAAGAGGGCGGAGUCUCAAGUAGCUCCUCCCACUGAGUUCACUCUAUUAAAGUAGCUGCAGGAAUCAGACACUGAAAAAGUGUUUCUCCGCUAGUUUCAGCCUGUUUCUAACAAUUUACUCCAUUUUCUAAUUCCUUUCCGUAAACAUAUGACUAUUCGUAGUCUUUUGCAAGGAAAAGGCUCAAAUAUAAGAAUUUGCGGAUGUUAUGCAGUCAUAUAAGUUUGAAAUAACAUUAAGGUGAGUGAAUGAUGCCAGAAAUCUCAUUUUUGGGUGAAUUAUUUAAAUGAAUCACAGAAGUCUGAUAGAUGGAUACGAAAAUAAUAUAUUAAAGGUGCUGUAGGGAACUUUUUGUAAAAAAAUAUUUUUUACAUAUUUGUUAAACCUGUCAUUA